AUGUCCAAACUUUCUGGCUUAACACCAAGCAAAAACACCAUAGAUCAAUCGCCCCCGAGGAUUGCAUGUGCUAAUGUGGAUCAUUCAGAUGUUGUAACUGAUGUCGGUCCUCUCUCCAUUGUUCCAAGACAUGUUCCUACUAAAAGGAGGGCUAGAACACCUACUGUGAAAAAGGCUAGGCCUUCAACUAUAACGAAAUCUUCUAACCCCUCUAGGUCGGUUCAAACUCCUUCUAGUAAGAUUCGGAAUAUUGAGCCCUCUGUUGUUGUCAAGAAACCUCACUCUAUGACUAUCUUAUAUCUUGAUCCUAUUAAAACCACUGAUGUCGAGCCUAAUGUUGUUCCAAUAGUAAUGGGUAGUGUUGAAUCAACUGCAAAACCAGGCUCUGGAAAAACAAGAUCUAACUCUAGUGUUGUAAGUUUAGAUAACCCUAGAUCUGAUAACACCCUAGGUCAAUCUGGUAUGAAUGUUACUGAUAAAGACAUUGUUGAUAAAAUUAUUCGUUUGAUAGUCUCUCAAAUUUUGGGUAUUGAACCUAAGUCUGAUGUUGUUCCGGAUGUCACUACAUCCUUGGCCCAAACUGAUCAUCUUGUUGAAACCCCACUUGAAAAAUUUGAUGGAAAGUCUAAUAGUGAGUUUGUUCCAAUUAAAUCCCCUGAAAAAUCUGAAGAGAACAAUGAUUCUGAUAGUAUGUCUAUUGAUAUGUCUGACAAAGAAGAAAAUUAUGAAUGUUCAAGAAAUUAUGCCUCUAAAAAAGAUGUUGAGAAAAAGGGACGUGCUAAUGUGCCUGAAGUUCCCAUUGACAACAUCUCUUUUCGCUAUGUUAAGAAUGUUGAAAAAUGGAAGUUUGUGUACCAAAGGAGGUUGGUUGUGGAAAGGGAACUUGGUAAGGAUGCCUUUGAAUGCAAAGAAGUGAUGGGUCUGAUUAAAGAAGUUGGGUUAAUGAAAAGUGUGGAUGGUUUUGGCAAGUGUUAUGAGAUGCUUGCAAAAGAGUUCAUUGUGAAUAUGUCUAAGGAUUGUGAUAACAAGAGGAGUAAGGAGUUCAUAAAGGUGUAUGCGAGAGGAAGAUGUGUGGAUUUUUCUAUAAAAAUCAUUAGCAGGUUCAUGGGAAGAAGUGAAGAGGAACAAGCUAAAGUUGAGGUAUCUGAUAAUAUAAUUUAUAGGGAAAUCAUAGCAAAACAGGUAAAUGAAUGGCCAAGAAAAGGGAAGUUGUCAGCUGGUUGCUUGAGUGUGAAGUAUGUUGUACUUCAUAGAGUUGGAGUUGCUAAUUGGGUUCCGACAAAUCAUACUUCCAACAUUGCUAUAGGGUUAGGACACAAGAAAACUUUGGAUGAAACCAUCAAAGCUUAUAUUGAAAAGAAAAGUAGGCUUGAGAUCUUGAUAAAUGAUUUGUCUAAAGAAGAUGUUAAGGGAAACCUGGAUGGUGAUAAGGAGGAGUAUAAUGAGAUCUAA